UCAACAGGUCACAGCUGCUCACCGGACGUCGGUUGUACUCCGACGGAACCGAACCAGAACCGCUGACCGUGCGCAGGCAGGACAACGGCAUCAGGUGACGAACUCGCUGGAGAAAUGGAGCACAUUUCCAAACAUUCCGAAAUAGGCCAACCGCGUAACACUGCAGUCGACUUGAAUGCAACCAGUACGCGUCGUUAAAAGUCUUCAUGAAUGCGGCGUAUUUUGUGAGAAGCAAAUUGUAUUUUUGUACUUUCUGGCCACUUUAUUCGUUGAGUGGCCUUGUUUUCCUGCUUUGUAUUUGUUGGAACGUGAUGUCAAUAAAUGAAACGUGUGCAUUCACGCAUGUGCGUAGAAGGAUAAUACUGAACAAUCCCCGAAAGAGAAACGCUCUUUCGCUGUCCAUGCUGGAGUCUCUCCGAGGGGACCUCCUGGCUGAUGUGGACAGCCCGGAUCUCAGAGUCAUCAUCAUAUCGGCCGAAGGCCCGGUGUUUUCCUCCGGCCACGACUUGAGGGAGCUGACGUCGGCCCGCGGUCCAGAGUAUCACAGGCGCGUGUUUCGCACCUGCACACAAGUGAGUCGCGUUCUGCGCGCCGCUUUUUUCUUCCGUUUCUUCAUUGACGCGUUUGCUGUGGCGCAGGUCAUGACUCUGAUACAGGACCUUCCCGUUCCCGUCAUCGCCAUGGUGAACGGCGUGGCCACGGCGGCGGGCUGCCAGCUGGUGGCCAGCUGCGACGUGGCGGUGGCCUCCGACAAGUCCACCUUCGCCACCCCGGGCGUCAACGUGGGCCUGUUCUGCUCCACUCCGGGCGUGGCCGUGGGCCGAGCCGUGCCCGGCAAGGUCGCCAUGGAGAUGCUUUUCACGGGCACUCCCAUCUCGGCCCGUGACGCUUUGCUGCACGGGCUGCUCAGUAAGGUGGUUCCGGAAGAGCGUCUGGAAGCGGAGACGUCGGCCGUCGCCCGGCGGGUGUGCGGGGCCAGCCGACCCGUGGUGGCCCUCGGCAAGGCCGCCUUCCACAGGCAAAUGUCUCAAGGUCGAGACGCGGCGUACGCCGCCGCCUCCGAGGCGAUGGUGGACAACCUCGCUCUGAGGGACGGCCAGGAGGGAAUUCGAGCCUUCGUGGAGAAACGCGAGCCGGUGUGGAGCCACAGAGCGGAAAACGUCCACGACUGACCUCGUCUCCUUCGGACCUCAACUGAACCCGGCGUGCCUGGAAAAGUUGCAUUGUUUCGAUCCGUAAUUGGAGAACGGACUCAAUCAAGCUAAAAAAGGAAAGUUACUGAAAGUUUCUCCGUGGCGAGGAUGAUUGUGUCUUACCAAUGCAAAUAAAAUAUCAGUCUGUUUUC